GGGAGAUCCACAGCUAUGACGCCAGGACCCCCUGGAAGCCUGGAAAUGGAACCAUUAACAUUUAAGGAUGUGGCCAUAGAAUUCUGUCUGGAGGAGUGGCAAUGCCUGGAUACGGCACAGCAGGAUUUAUAUAGGAAUGUGAUGUUAGAGAACUACAGAAACCUGGUCUUCCUGGGUAUUGCUGUCUCCAAACCAGACCUGAUCACCUGUCUGGAGCAAGGAAAAGUGCCCUGGAAUAGGAAGAGACAUGAGAUGGUGGCCAAACCCCCAGUUGUAUGUUCUUAUUUUGCUCAAGACCUUUGGCUAGAGCAGGGCGUAGAAGAUUCUUUUCAAAAAGUGAUAUUGAGAAGACAUGGAAAAUGUGGACAUGAGAAUUUGCAGUUAAAAAUUUGUUGCGCCAAUGUGGAUGAGUCUCAAGUUCACAGAAAAGGUUAUAAUAAUCUUAACCAGAGUUUGACAACUGCACAGAGCAAAGUAUUGCAAAGUGAUAAAUAUGCCAAAGUCUUUCAUAAAUUUUCAAAUUCAAACAGACACAAGAUAAGGCAUACUGGAAAGAAACUUUUGAAAUGUAAAGAAGAUGACAGAUCAUUUUGUAUGCCUUCACACCUAUCUCCACAUAAAAGAAUUUAUACUAGAGAGAAUUUCUUCGAAUGUGAAGAAUGUGGCAAAACCUUUAAUAGGUCCUCAGCGCUUACUUAUCAUAAGAGAAUUCAUACUGGAAAGAAAGCCUACAAACGUGAAAAAUGUGGCAAAGCCUUCAACUGGUCCUCAAGACUUACUGAACAUAAGAGAGUUCAUGCUGGAGAGAAACCCUACAAAUGUGAAGAAUGUGGCAAAGCUUUUAAUCAGUCCUCAACCCUUACUAAACAUAAGAUAAUUCAUACUGGAGAGAAACGUUACAAGUGUGAAGAAUGUGGUAAAGCUUUUAAUCAAUCCUCAAUCCUUACUAAACAUAAGAGAGUUCAUGCUGGAGAGAAACCUUACAAAUGUGAAGAAUGUGGCAAAGCUUUUAACCGGUCCUCAAACCUUACUAAACAUAAGAGGGUUCAUGCUGGAGAGAAACCCUACAAAUGUGAAGAAUGUGGUAAAGUGUUCACCUGGUCCUCAAACCUUAUGGAACAUGUAAGAAUUCAUACUGGAGAGAAACCCUACAGAUGUGAAGAAUGUGGCGAAUCCUUCACUUGGUUCUCAAGCCUUUCUAAUCAUAAGAUAAUUCAUACUGGAGAGAGACCCUACAAAUGUGAAGAAUGUGGCAAAGCUUUUAAUCGAUUUGGAAUUUUCACUAAACAUAAACUAAUUCAUGCUGGAGAGAAACCCUACAAAUGUGAAGAAUGUGGCAAAGCUUUCUCCUGGGCCUCAAGCCUUAGUGAACAUAAGAGAAAUCACACUGGAGAGUACCCCUACAGAUGUGAAGAAUGUGGCAAAGCCUUUAAAAAGUCCUCGCUUCUUACUAGACAUAAGGUAAUUCAUGCUGAAGAGAGACCCUACAAAUGUGAAGAAUGUGGCAAAACUUUUAACCGGUCUUCAACCUUUACUUAUCAUAAGAGAAUUCAUACUGGAGAGAAACCCUACAAAUGUGAAGAAUGUGGCAGAGCCUUUAGCUGGUCCUCAAGCCUUUCUAAUCAUAAGGUAAUUCAUGCUGAAGAGAGACCCUACAAAUGUGAAGAAUGUGGCAAAGCUUUUACUCAAUUCUCAAUUUUUAGUAAACAUAAGGUAAUUCAUGCUGGAGAGAGACCCUACAAAUGUGAAAAAUGUGGCAAAGGCUUCACCUGGCCCUCAAGCCUUAGUGAACAUAAGAGAUAUCAAAACCCUUCCAAAUGUAAAGAAUGUGGCAAAGUCUUUAAAAAGUCCUCACUUCUUACUAGACAUAAGGUAAUUCAUACUGAAGAGGAACCCUCCAAAUGUAAAGAAUGUGGCAAAGCCUUUAACCGGUCAUCAGCCCUUACUCAUCAUAAGAGAAUUCAUAUUGGAGGAAAAACCCUAGAAAUGUGAAGAAGGUGGCAAACCUUUUAACUGUUCCUCAAUUCUUUGCUUUUUUGUGAUACGGAGUUUCGCUCUUGUUACCCAGGCUGGAGUGCAAUGGCGCGAUCUCGACUCACUGCAACCUCCGCCUCCUGGGUUCAGGCAAUUCUCCUGCCUCAGCCUCCUGAGUAGCUGGGAUUACAGGCACGUGCCACCAUGCCCAGCUAAUUUUUUGUAUUUUUAGUAGAGACGGGGUUUCACCAUGUUGACCGGGACGGUCUCGAUCUCUUGACCUCAUGAUCCACCCGCCUCGGCCUCCCAAUGUGCUGGGAUUACAGACUUGAGCCACCGCGCCUGGCCCCUGAAUUCUUACUAAACAUAAGGUAAUUCAUACUGGAGGGAAUCCCUACAAGUGUGUGCAAUGUGUCAAAGCCUUUAAGUAGUCCUUGAGGUUUACUAUAUAUAAGACAACUCAUACUGGAAAGAAACCCUACACACAUGAAGAAUGUGGGAAAGCCUCUAACAGAUCCUCAAUUCUUUUUUUUUUUUUUUUUUUUUUUUUUUUUUGAGACGGAGUUUCGCUCUUGUUACCCAGGCUGGAGUGCAAUGACACAAUCUCGGCUCACUGCAACCUCUGCCUCCUGGGUUCAGGUAAUUCUCCUGCCUCAGCCUCCUCAGUAGCUGGGAUUACAGGCACACGCCACCAUGCCCAGCUAAUUUUUUGUAUUUUUAGGAGACACGGGGUUUCACCAUGUUGACCAGGAUGGUCUCGAUCUGUUGACCUCAUGAUCCACCCGCCUCGGCCUCCCAAAGCGCUGGGAUUACAGGCUUGAGCCACUGCUCCCGGCCGAUCCUAAAUUCUUAACAGAUUUAAGAUAAUUUAUGCUAGAGAAGCUACAAACCUGAAAGGUGUGACAAUGCUUUUGGCAGCACCUCAAACUUUUCUAAGUAUAAAAUCAUACUGAUGAGAAAUCCUAGAAAUGUGAAGAAUGUGAUAAAGCUUUCAAAUGGCUGUCACACUUGAUUGGAGAAAACUACUAAUGUGAACAAUGUGGUAAAUAUUUACCCAGUGCUUACACCUUAUUGCACAGGAAAGCAUUUAUACUUGAGAACAAAUCUUCAAAUAUAAAGAAAGUGGAGGCCAUGCAUGGUGGCUCAUGCCUGAAAUCUGAGUACUUUGGGAGGCUGAAAUGGGCAGAUCCCUUGAGGUCAGGAGUUCAAAACCAGCCUGGCCAACAUGGCAAAAACCCAUCUUUACUAAAAAUGCAAAUAAAUUAGCCAGUCAUGGUGGCAGGCACCUGUAAUCCCAGCUACUCUGAAGGCCGAGGCAGGAGAAUCGCUUGAAUCCAGGAGGCACAGCUUGCACUUAGCCAAGAUUGCACUACUGCACUCCAGCUUGGACUACAGGGAGAGACUCUGUCUAAAACAAAAA